CGCCCAGCACAGACAACCAUCAAUGAUUGAUUUUAUGCCUGAAACACAAAGCUUGGCUCCCUUCAUCAUCAUUUCUUUUUCAGCCUACGAUAAUUGACACCAAGUUCUUUUACAAGAGCUUUGCAUUUGCGUUCUUCUAUCUUCAUCAUUUGUUAGAAUGUAGAUAUUUCGUCUGAACACCAGCUUGAUAGCUGUCCUACGAUCUUCUAUCUUGGAUCUAACAUCUUAAUACCGUCUGAUACCGACAUCAUUCAACAUGGCGUCCCCAACUAGGCCAGCCUCAUCUACAUCCGUAUCGCGAUCUGCUUCCCAUCAUGUUGAUACUAGUUCUAUUCAAUCGGUUCCCGUCGAGACCCUCGUACAGUACCUUCUUGAUGCCAAACGCUCGCUUUCCUCCAUGGGCCUCGUCUGGCGCGCCAACGAACUCGUCCACUCAGCGCGACAGGCUCAUGAAGAAUCCGUCAUUCUAGCCGCGCAGUCGCAAUUCCUCUACCAUGGUAUAAACGAACAGGUGCGCCUUCUACAGCGUCUACGCCGAGGCAUGAACCGAACAUACGACAAUGGAAAGCGGGAAUUCAAGCAGACUAUCAAGACAUUAGACGCCGCCAAUGGCCGACUCGUGGAUACGAUGAAGGUCCUUCGAGAUCGGGUCGUAGAUAGUACAUUCAGGCCGAGGGGCGAGGAGAAGAAAAACUUGUUAGACUUUGUAGAUGAGUCUCAAGUUGAUGCCAUGAGGGACGCCCUGAAAGAAAACAUCCAGGCCUUACAGAAUAUACAAAAAUCAUUCGACGGCGAUCUAUUACGUUUCGAUACCGAUAUGCGCUUACUACAAAAGACUAUGCCCGCCUCUCCAUUUCCGUCAUCUCCGUCAGCCUCUUCUACAGAACAAAUUGUGCCCCGAUUCCUAGCCUCCAUGAUCGAGCACUCACAUGAUAUGGCCGAACUCCUAUCGUCCCUAACAAAACACUUCGAUCUAUGUGUGACCGCAGUGAGAACGACAGAAGGUGGGGCGGCCUUGGCCAGGAUCAAGGCUGCCGAAGUAACGAACUCUCAAGGAGGGGGGGAUAUGUCGAUAUCGGGCGUUAUGGCAGAGCAAGAAUCUCACAUGCCGGACUAUGAUCCAAUUUCAGCUGAAGAUCGCACCCAGAUGCUUCAAGUUGUCGUACAAGACGCAUCGGAGGUAGAGGACGUAGUUCGAGAGCUCAAUAUGCGCUUGCAGUCUAUGGAAGCAGACUUCUCUAUGAUUGAUGAGCAGACGAACCAAGUUAAAAAGACAUAUCUAUCAACAAUUGAUGCAUUCAGAGUAUUAGAAGACAUCGGGUCGCGACUCCAGAGCUAUAUCUCAGCUGAAUCGGAAUUCCGCGAAAGGUGGAAUGACGAGCAACAGGCAAUAGCAGACAAGUUGGAUGAAAUGGACCAAUUGCGAAUAUUCUACGAGAGCUACUCGAAUUCAUACGACGGACUCAUACUUGAAGUUGAAAGGCGAAGGUCAUUAGAGGAGAAGGUGUUAAGCAUAUGGAAGAAGGCGAAGGAAAGCGUCGACAAGAUCAUCGAGGGAGAUCGCAAGGAACGGGAGAAGUUCCGAAGCGAGGUCGCAGAAUAUCUACCCACUGAUCUCUGGCCAGGUAUGGAUGAUGCUAUGACCAGAUGGGAAAUUGUCCCUAUUCGAGAAGAUAAACCUAUCAGUACACCGACUCUCGAGAGAAGUGUUGUCGAGGCUGCACAAACGAGAACGGAGCGAACAUCGGAUUAAAGGUGAGCAUAUUCUAGGUAGUGUGUGUUUUCUUUAGGCGUUGGGGGCUUCUUGGGUAUGGUUAGGAUCUAUCGGAAUCGCAUGGGCGAGGUCUCUGGCGGCGUUCAGCGCAACAUAUCUAUUUCUACUAAGUACGGAUUCUAUCCACGAUACUAGCUAAAGCCAGAGUGGCUAGUCAAUGCUAAUUUUCCAGUCUACA